AUGGAUACGAGUUGGAUGUCUUUACCAAGAGCUACUACUGAAUAUGAAAACGGUCUUGACAAAUUUCUUGAUUUUAUCUUUACUACCGAGGGUAAAAAUGGUCAAAUAUCAUGUCCAUGCAUUGAUUGCGGUAAUCAAAUAUGGGUUGAUCGGGAGGAGGCUAGAACGCAUCUUCAAUGUGUCGGGUUUAUUAAAGGCUACAGAAUUGCACCUUUUAUUUCCGAAUCAUGUGAAACUCCUAUGUUGGAUGCUGAAGAUGACAUGCAAGGGUUGGUGCAUGAUGCAUUCAACGAGUUUGGUGAGAAUAGACAUGAAAAUGAAAUAGGGACACAAAAUGAAAGUCAGAGUAUGCCAAACACAAAUGCGAAAAAGUUUUAUAAAGCGUUAGAAGAUGCAAAGAAAGAACUAUAUCCUGGGUGUAAGAAGUCCUCGGUUCUUUCUUUUAUCAUUAGACUAUUUCAUAGUAAGUGUGUUGGGAAGUGUAAUGACAAGGGUUUCAGCAUGAUGCUUGAUACAUUGAGGGAAGCCUUCCCAUAUGCUUCCAUACCGAAGUCAUUGUACGACCUAAGGAAGAUAAUAAGAGAAUUAGGACUUAGUUAUGAUAAAAUUGAUGCAUGUCCUAAUGAUUGUAUGCUAUACUGGAAAGAAAACAGUAAGAAAACAGAAUGUGAUAUAUGUCAUAAGUCAAGGUAUAAAGCAAAUGAAAAUGAUCCUGAUGAUGAGUUAAACAUACCUGAUACGGAUAAGAAGAUUAAGAAGAUUGGAGCAAAGGUUUUACGUCAUUUUCCGCUCAUACCACGGUUGCAAAGGUUGUUUAUGUCAUCUAAAACUGCUGCCUCCAUGAGAUGGCAUGAAGAGAGUCGCACGAAAGAUGGUUACUUGAGACAUCCUGCUGAUUCCCCAGCUUGGAAAACAUUUGAUUUUAAUUAUCCUGAUUUUGCCAGUGAGUCUCGUAAUGUCAGGCUUGGUUUAGCGAGUGAUGGGUUUAACCCUUUUAGAACAAUGAGUGUUUCUCAUAGUACAUGGCCUGUUGUUUUGAUGCCAUAUAAUCUACCUCCUUGGAUGUGCAUGAAACAACCUUAUUUCUUGUUAUCUUUACUUAUACCUGGCCCAUCAGCUCCUGGGAACAAUAUAGAUGUUUAUAUGGAACCGUUAGUGGCUGAGCUACAGGAGUUAUGGGAUAUUAAUGGAGUAGAGACUUAUGAUGCAUCGACAAAGAGUAACUUUCCUAUGCGUGCUUCUUUGUUAUGGACGAUAAGUGACUUUCCUGCUUAUGCGAAUUUAUCUGGAUGGAGCACAAAAGGAAAACUUUCAUGCCCUUGCUGCCAUAAACAUACAAAAUCACGACGCUUAACUCAUGGCAACAAAUAUUGUUUCAUGGGACAUCGUCGAUAUCUGCCAGGUGAUCAUGCUUUUCGAAAAGAUAAGAAGUCUUUUGAUGGCACAAAAGAAACGGAGAGGCAACCACGUGGCUUAACAGGAUCAGAAGUACUUGAUGAGCUAAAUGGUUUUGAAAUUAAAUUUGGAAAACUUGUGAAUACCAACCUUGAUCUACCAUUUAACUGGAAGAAGAGAAGUAUUUUUUUGAGUUACCAUACUGGAAAACUAACUUGCUACGCCAUAAUCUAG